UCUUGUCUUUGUUGCUCAAUAUACAUGCGGCUGUGAUGAUCACCCGGGAGGGUCUUAAGCAAUAAAGGGACGAAACCAUGUAGUUUUCUCAUAUUAGACGAUCACUCGGACCGACUUCUGGAUAGUGUUACGUCGCGCCUCAGGUGUUGCAGGUUUCCCUAAAUGCUGGUGUCAAGUUCCCAAGUUCCGGGUGUUUGGGAAAAGGCGUUUUCCUCUCAACUGUAAUCUUCUCUGAGACACUGGAAUUAUGAGUGUCGUUGUGGAAUUACAGCCCACCGAUAACAAUAAUAUUUCGGACGAAACAGACGACAAGACAACGGUGGCUUCGGGGAACGGAGGCUAUUCAAGCCACAAUGCAGCUGCAAUACCUGAGGAUGCCCCUUUCCUGUCAGAAAUCGAACCGGUUCCUGUGGAGACUGGGGACAUUCAGGUGACAGAGCGUGACAGUGCUCUUGAAAAAGUGAAGAAGCGGUUCAACACUAAAGUGUGGAAAGAACUGGAACUAUGGAAGGUCCUCCUCAUCCUCCUGGGCGUCUUCAUCCUCGUUAUAAUCCUUUCCAUCUAUCUCAGCACAGUGAUCUACAGUGAUCCGGAUGAGAAGUUUGAUGUGAGUUCUUUCGUGGUGCUGCGCGUCUUCAGUGGAAGUGUGAGCAUGGUCAACCAGAACUUCACCAAGGACAACGCCACUCUCCACGAGCAUGCCAUACGCCUGCAAAACAAGCUAAAUCAAGUCUACACCUCCUCCCAUGCUCUCGCUCGGUACUUCAAUACCAGCCGGGUCAAAACAUUAAGGCCCGGCAGCCUCAUCAUAGACUUCUGCCUGCAGUUCCGCAUGCCGCUGGACUCAGAUCAGCUGGUGCGCUACACCCUGAGUUCAGAGAUGGUGUCCAACGUCCUGAGGCAGCACCUUUACGAAGAGGACAUGGACUCGGAAGCAGACGACCCACAACGCGUACUGCCCACCUCCGUCACAAUACAGGAUGGGGGCGCCACGUGCACGACUUGAUGCAGCCUGAGGCCAUGGCAGGCAGCGUAUUAGGAACCAGCCUUUCUCAAGUUCCCCUUGCUGUGGUGGCAGAGGCAGUGUGUGAUGGAUAGGUGUGUGUGUGUGUGUGUGUGUGUGUGUGUGUGUGUGUGUGUGUGUGUGUGUGUGUGUGUGUGUGUGUGUGUGUGUGUGUGUGUGUGUGUGUGUGUGUGUGUGUGUGUGUGUGUGUGUGUGUGUGUGUGUCACACACUGAUAACAACCACUGUCACUAUGUAUGGCUGUGUCUGUGAACUAUAUGGAUUAUGCAUGAGGAUCUGCAAACAGUCGCGCACAAAGCAAACACAUGCACUCCAGAACAUGCCCAAACUGACUUCACCUCACAGCCUUACCUUAUUCUCUCUCUCUCUCUCUCUCUCUCUCUCUCUCUCUCUCUCUCUCUCUCUCUCUCUCUCUCUCUCUCUCUCUCUCUCUCUCUCUCUCUCUCUCUCUCUCUCUCUCUCUCUCUCUCUCCCUCUCUCUCCUGCUUUCUCUUAUUCUCUCUGUUCAUUUCUGCGUCUCUCUCACUGACCUACAGUAUCUCAGUAUACUGUACCUCUCCCCCUCUCUCUUUCUAUCCCUCUCUCCGUCUAUCCCUCUUUCUUUUGUCCUGCAUUCCCUGAGAUUAUCAGUGCCCUCCAGACGUCUGUGUGGGAAUAUGUCGAUAGCAUUGUGUCAACACAGGUGCUGGAUAGAGAAUGUAUUUUGAUAAGCCAGCGCUGAAUUUCUCUUCACUGAACUAUGAAGCUCUGGUGGAGUGGGGCUCGGCUCAGAAUGUUUUGAUACCCAUGUGGCCAUGGCAACCCAGCUGGACUGACUUGGGAGAAGCACAUGCCUUCUGGGGUCGCUAUGUCAAAAGGUCAGCCACACACCCCACGCUUUUGGAUUGGAAGAUUUUAUGCUGUAACAUUGAAUUACAUGUGAGAAAUAUGGGAGUGAGAUUUGAUCAUUUUAGUUUUUAAUGUAUUGUAUUGUACAGAAUUGUAUUUUAAUGUUUUUUUUCCAUAGUGCAUACAGCUAUUUUUAUACUCCCCCCAAACCCAAGUAUUGUAGUACUGACAUUGGCCACUAGGUGGUGUUUGGACUCCAUUGGAUAUCUGUUUUGCCGCUGUAGGUAGCUGUGGAAAUCCUUUGCUGUAUGGCCAGGCAAAGCUGUGGGAUUGACAGACUAAACAACCAAAUGCUGAUUUGUGAACCCUUGUGCGGUAAACUAAUGUCCGUUUUAAAAUGUUGGAUGUAUUAAUGACAUUACAUUACUUUUCAUUUAUCUGGCGCUUUUAUCCAAAGUGAAUUACAGUUAUUUACAGGGUAAUGGUUACAGUCCCUGGAGCAAUGUGGGGUUAGGCGCCUUGCUCAAGAGGACUUCAGCCAUAGAUGGAAAAAGUAUGGGUAGGGUUCGAACUUGCAAUCCUCUGAUCUUUAAGACCACUUCUCUAACCAUUAGGCCACAGCUGCCCAAUUUUGUAUUAUAAGUGUAAUAAUGCCAUUAUGGUGUCUUUCACAGCAUUCGAAAGAGGAUUUUUAGACACAUUGACCCUUGUGAUUGAUUUUUUUUAAUGUGUGUGCAGGAUCAUUUGCCUGAAUGUGAAUGUGGAACAAAUGUCAUUUUGCACUGUGUGUUAAAUUGUAUUAUUACAUGCUACUUGAAUGAAAGAUAUAUUUACAUUUAGAUCUUAAGUAAAUGAGACCUCUGUGGCUUUAUGAUGGUCAGCACGAUUUUAAUCCAACAUCAUUUGCUACAAACGCCUUACUGCCAAUUGUGUCAGCUAUGCUGUAAUAAUAUUGCAGCACAACAGUUCAAUUUGACAACUCUGCAGAAAAAAUGCUUGUGUAACCAGACAAGACACAUUGAAACACACUGAGAGUUCAAGGUUGCUCUGAACUCCCAUGGUGUUAUUUGUUAUCAUGCAGUAAAAUGGCAAGUUGGUGUCACGGUAGGAAGGGCACAGCAUUUAAAUCAAUUUCCAAAAUGCUUUUUUAAAACGACAUGUUCACAUUUGUUUUAGUAUUAUUGUUGUUGAAUGGGCCUGUUUUACAUAUGACAUUACCUUUAUGCGCAUUUAGUGUGUGUUCUGUCUGUUUGGCCUAUGUGUUUGAUAUUUGUUCCUUUGCUGGCUUCUAAAGCCUGAAUCCAAACCGACCUGCAAUAAAUUGUGUAUGUUUUUUUCUAA